UAGCUGACUGGACAGUAGAUCUCUCUCUCUCUCUCUCUCAACACAGUGGUUUGGAAGUAGACAGUUCCAACGUGAUUGUCAAGGAGAGAAAAGAAGGAUUUUGAAUGGUUCUUUAAGAUUUUAAACAACACCCAUGUAUUUAAACCUGUAAAAGACAACUUUUAGGAAAACCUUUUUGAUUUCGAAGGGGGAAAAGAGAUGGGAAGUUGCGGGAGGAAUGGAGCAGUAAGGCAAUACAUAAGAUCAAAGGUUCCAAGACUUAGAUGGACUCCUGAUCUUCACCGGUCUUUUGUUCAUGCCAUUGAUAGACUUGGAGGUCCUGAAAAAGCUACACCAAAGCUUGUUCUUCAUAUGAUGGAUGUAAGAGGACUCACCAUUUCCCAUGUGAAAAGUCAUCUUCAGAUGUAUAGAAGCAUGAAGAGCGAUGGAAAUAGACAAGAAGAUGAAGAUCCCAAUUCCAUUGGAUCACACAACAGAAGGCAAUCUCUUGAUGAUCAUCAUGAUGAGUGUCUUGAUCAUGACCAUACCAUUCAUCCUCACAGCUUCAUUUACACUCCCCCCUCUAAAAGAAAAGAGCAAGAAGAAUCAAUUGGGAAUCUCAGAUGGCAGCAGCAGCAGCAGCCUCCUAUUUCUUUUUCUUCUUUCCAACAUUUUAUCUUGCACCCCUCCUUUACCCAUGUAAAUCCUCUUCACCCAGAAUCUGAUUUCCUAAAGAUUCCCAAACAAGGAGAUGGAAAUUCUGGAUCGUUUAAGAGAAGGAAAAUGGAAAGUUCGACAAGCACUGAAGAUGAAGAUGGAUAUGGAUUAUUGUUGACACUUUCAUUGCCUCACCCCUCAACACAAAGGAGUAGUAAUGCUUCAUCAACGAGUGAAACCAGUGAGGUGUACUCGAAGCCUGAUGUAAACGAUGGUUCUUUGAACAAGUGUAGUGUUAAUUUAGACCUAUCUAUUGCCUUUUGUGGCAACUGAAUAUAAAUUAAAUAGGUUUUUUUUUUCUUUUAAAUGGAAUUGUUUCAUUCCACAUUAUCCUUUUUUAUUGUUUUAGUAACGGCUUUAACUAGGGUGGCA